ACCUGUCAAACUAGAUGGGGCGUGGAGUGACGUCACUGUAAACGGAAACCGGAAAACUAGGAGCCCUGAUAAGUCGUCAUUUGGUAGUCAGGCAUAUGACUUAUUUAUAUUAUUUCUGUGUUGUCUGCGCAAGAUUUUAUUGAACCAACGUAAACGUUGACGUCUCUGACCAUGCAUGGAGUUUGAUCAAAACGAUGAAGUGAAGACGACAGCUGAGCAACAGUUCUUCAGCGGCGUCAAGCUCGAGCUCCAUUGAAUUCCCCUCGCGCUUGCUUGGUGCAAGGGUUUCAGGGAAGAAGAGUGGUAGCCUGGUGGAAGACAUCUUUUUGGAUUUACACAGUGAGCUUGCUGGGUUUGUCUUCACAAUGAGACUGGCAGGACCCCUCCGUGUGGUGGCAGUUGUUUUUCUAGUCGGCCUCACCUGGCUCCUGACAAGCUCUGUUUUGGGGAGAGAUAGCAGCGCUAUCUUGCGUCAUUUUUUCAAUGGUGGAGAGGAAGAAGCCACUCCAGAGCCAAAGCCACGUAAGUACAAGUGUGGCCUGUCUGCACCGUGUCCAGAGAAGCACAUGGCUUUCCGGGUCGUCUCUGGAGCCGCCAAUGUCAUUGGUCCCAAAAUCUGCUUAGAGGACAGAAUCCUCAUGAGCAGUGUGAGGAACAAUGUUGGAAGAGGACUGAACGUUGCUUUAGUAAAUGGAGUAACAGGAGAUCUCCUAGAGGUCAAGGCUUUCGAUAUGUGGGCAGGGGAUGUGUCAGAGCUGUUGAAGUUUCUGCGGCCCCUGCAUGAAGGAACUCUGGUGUUUGUGGCCUCCUUCGAUGACCCGGCUACCAAGUUGAAUGACGAGGCGCGUCACCUGUUUGAGGAACUGGGCAGCACCGCAGCUAAGGAGCUGGCCUUCAGAGACAGCUGGGUGUUUGUGGGAGCCAAAGGCAUUGAAAACAAGACUCCAUUUGAACAGCGCAUGAAGAACAGCAAGAGCAGCAACAAGUACGAGGGCUGGCCCGAAUCCCUGGAGAUGGACGGCUGCAUCCCCCUCAGAGCCCCCCUGGAGAACUAGCACACACACACACCUCUCAACACGGCACACUCCCAGGACGAGACCAUCCCAAACACGGCAUGGUAGGGGAAUAUGCUCCUAAUUGCCAUGAGGGGGCUCGUCCAUGGUUGGUUAGCCGUGUGAGACAUCACCAAGACGUUUGGAUGGUAGGGGAAGGUUCUCAUUGUAUUCGUGAGGGAGCUUGUACCUGUUUGGUUGGUUUGCCAUGAGAGACCUCACCUCCACAUGAUCUCAGUGGAGCUCAAGGAGCUUGAAGUUGAAUUUCAUGAUUUAAAAAGCCUCAUCACCACUAGUGUUAGGGUUAGGAAUAAGGUCUGUGUCAGGGCAUAAAACUUAAAACUCAUAAUGCUAAACGGUGUGUGUCAUGUUGCCCUAACUUAACCUUAUUCCAGACCAAUCACAGACAAGUUCCCUCAUAAAUAUUAACGAACCUUCCCACAGAAUUCUAUGAACAUAAACAUUGCUCCCAGGACACAAACCCAGGAAGGAACGAGGAGCCAAGAAGUAGGAACUAAUUGCACAGGACAUUGUGGACCUCAAGGGCAAGUGGAGAUAUUGCUGUGUACAUGCUGCUGGAAAAUAACUAUGCCAGACUUCAGGACCACAACAAAAAAAUCACAGGGGGCACAGAGUUGGGUGUACCCGUUUUCCUAUGUUAAUGCUGCCACGGACCUUCCAGCUACUUUUAGGCUGAUGCACACUUUGCUGAUUUUGUUCUUGAAAAUGAGGCUCAGGACUAAGCGUUGGGUUCUCCUUGGUCUCGUACGGUGUGGUUUAGCACAAACUUCUAAGAGAAUCUAGCGAGAAAAAAAAAUGAUGGCUUUGCUAACUAUCAACCUUGCAGGAAGGCAGUGCUCAGACCAGCUGAAAAGGCUACCAUAUUAAUAGUGGUAGCCAAUGAGAAAUGCUUGGAUGUGAAAUGAUGUUAAUUAUGCAAUAAUGUUUUUAUAAUUUCAAGGGUAAUUAUCUGUGAUGCAAUCCUAUGUUUGGGAGUAAAACUAAUAUAUUGCCGUAAUAACCAUGACAAUGCUCAGCGAUUGACCCAUUUUUACGCAAGUCGUUACUACAGUUUAUACAACAUGUUUGUGUAAAAAAACACACAAUUCCGUUUUUUUCCCGCAAUCAUAAGUGAUGUAUUUGUGUCUAGAGAGCUAGUUAUACGCAUUUACGCCCGGACAGAUCUAGACACCUUAACUGUCAUCACUCCACUCAGAAGGCUAAUGUCUGGAACCUUUGCUUUCAUCACAAAUAAGUAUGUUGAAUGUGUUGCUUUAGUAAUGCAAUGUGUUGUUUUGUGUCCUGUAAACCGUUUUUGUUAAUCUUUUUGUGUCCUGUUGAUUUAUUUGGUUUAAAAUCUGUGUGACAAUAACUUUUGUAUUUUGUGAGGCUUAGUUUGUCAGGUAAGACCUGAAACAUAAAAAUACUCCUAUAUUUAAUAUAUCUGGUGCACCAGUAAACCAAAUGAGUGUGUGAUUACUAUAUGUAUAUUUUUUACAUUGCUAUGACAAUAAAUAAAAAGCUGAAGGAUUUGCUAAUUUU